CAUAGACAUAAGGUGUGUUCAAAGUUGCUUAGCUCCAUGUGUGGUUCCAUGACUGAUUUGAGUCCUAAACUAAAUUUCCUGACUCCGUGUGGAACGGUUGCCUGGUUUUCCAAGAAAGAAAAACUUGCGGGUCGCUUCUCGGAUCCAUCCAGCGCCUUCGCCUCAUCCGUGCGUUACCGAUCCGAUCCGAUCCGAUCCGACCCCACGCAAACGACCAAAACCCUAGCCGUCACAGCGCCGCCCCCAAAUCAUAAACCUCCAUCUCGCCGGCGGCAGCCGCGGCGGCCAUGGCGUUCUCGGGCCGGAUCAAGCAGCUCGUGAAGAAGUACGGCAAGGUGGCCGUCGGCGUCCACAUCUCCGUCUCCUGCGCCUCGGUCGCCGGCCUGUACGUCGCCAUCAACAACAACGUCGACGUCGAAGCCGUCUUCCGCAGGUUUGGCAUCUCCCCCGGCGUCGCCGUCGGCGGGGAAGCCUCACCCGCCCCGGCCCCCGGCCCCGCCGCCAGCGACGAGGCACUGCGCGACGCCGCCCUGCCGCCCAGGCCCAGCGAUGUCCUGCAAGAAGGGCCGGAGCGGCCGCCGCGCAACCGGACGAUGGAGCUCGUGGCGUCGAGCGGCGGCGCGCUCACGCUCGCGCUCCUCUGCAACAAGGCGCUGCUCCCCGUGAGGGUCCCCAUCACCAUCGCGCUCACGCCGCCCAUCGCCAGGGCCCUCAGCCGCUGGAGGCUCGUCAAGAGCUGAGCUGUGUUUCCGUCACAACGCUCUGGGAGAUUGUGCAUCCAGGAUCCACCUUCCAGGGCCAUCCUGCAGUGGGUCAAAGACGAAAAAUGGUGUAAAGUACUUGUGCUGCCGUUUGGUGCUGCAGAUGCGUUUGUUAAAUUUGUAUCUGGUCAUGGAUGAAAUGAAACCCCUGGAGCAAAUGUCUCUUAUGUGACAUGUGGAACUCGACUUAUUCUGUGAGCUUCUGGCAAAACGCCACACUGAUUUUUUGUAACAUGGACACAAAGGUUGACAAAAAUAAGCACUACGGUUGAUGCAAGAGCGACACUCUUCGUGAUCCUACUUUGCCAA